AGUGCAGAUCUGCAAAAGACCGUCUUCAAGGAAGUGACAUCUUAUUUGGCCAUCAAUCAGAAAUGUCGGGAGAAGAAGGUUCUGUUGCAACUGAGACUACGGCUGCACCUCUGGGUGAAACCAUGGAUAUCAUGACUGCCUUGCAGCUUGUUUUGAGGAAGUCACUUGCUCAUAGUGGGCUUGCAAGAGGGCUCCACGAAGGUGCCAAGGUGAUUGAAAAGCAUGCUGCGCAGCUCUGUGUGUUAGCCGAGGAUUGUGACCAGCCAGAUUACUUUAAACUGGUGAAGGCUCUUUGUGCUGAUCACAAUGUCAAACUAAUGACAGUGCCUAGUGCUAAAAAUCUCGGCGAGUGGGUCGGCCUGUGUAAAAUUGACUCUGAAGGGAAAGUAAGAAAGGUGGUUGGUUGCUCCUGCGUCGUAGUGAAGGAUUUUGGAGAGCAGACAGAGGGUUACAAUGUUAUUCAGGAAUAUGUGAAGUCCCAUUAGGUUCAAAAAUAUUGGAAGAGUGAGGCCCUUUUCUUUUCACAUUUGAGGACUGUUUCUUA